GCAGCCCUCCAUGGGACUUCACUUGGCAGAUUUUAGUGUCGACGUUUCUGAUCUCGAGAAGAUGCGAACAUUCCCGAGCUCGGUGCCCCUCCCAGACCUUGAUGGCGACCUGGAAUUCCUCGACUUCUUCGACCCGUUUUUGGGCUUGCCUCCGAAGCAACUUGAAGCUUUCGCAAUGCCACCACUUGGCGGCAAUACGGACGGCUGGUCACCUCUGGAGAAUUUUUCAGGCUCAAGCCAGGCUUCAAUGCAGGAUUACGGUUUUCAGCAAACCCAUAUUUCGACUGCGCACGAGACACCGUCAGUUGACGAUUCCAACCAAUCGUGGGAAACGGCCAGUCACGCAAAUUCACGCUCUAAAGAAUUCUCUGGCCCGUGGGACGAGACUUCAGCUCAGGGUUUCACGACGAAUCGCUCUGACUUCGAGAGCUGUUCAAGCUUUCAGAUUCCACAGACAAAGUUCUCGAAGCCUCCAGCGCUUGCUUUUACCGAAUCGAUGCGAGCUCAUCUCUUGAGGGACCUAUCGAAUAGACUCUCUGCGGAAAAUUUGGGCAAUUUCCGAUUACCCAGCGCAGCUGCACUCCAGAAAUGCAUCCGAACUUACGUCGACGCCUUCCACGUCCACCUGCCUAUCUUCCACCUGCAGACUAUGGAUUUCGAAACCACGCCGUCGCCCCUCAUUCUCGCCAUAUGUGCCAUUGGCGCUCUUUACCGGCUAGAAAGGAAGAUUGCUGCUUCGUUGUAUCUGAAAGCAGACCAGGCCCUGGCUGCCGCAGUUGUUGACCGAGGUGAGCAUCUCCACAAGAAGCCACGCUUGCUGGAAGAGUGGGUUCAGCCGCGAUCUCAAUCACCAAAAUCAACACCGGAAUCCCUAUGGAAGAGUCAAACUCGAUUGCUGCUUGCAAUGCUCAGCUGCUUCAGCGGUGACACGGAAGUCAUUUCCAAGGCCAUUAUACGUCUUGGCGACUUCCUCGUAGACUUUCGUGAUCUAGCUCCCACUGUCAAGCAUCGUAAAAGCAGAGAUAAACCGCUGAGUUGGCGGGAAUGGAUCGAAAGGGAGAGCGUUAAGAGGGUGUUGUACGGCCAGAUAAUGUUUGGGAAUUUGGUCACCAUGACAUACGGGAUCCCCCCUGGGUAUUCCCUGGUUUCAGAUGGCUUCAUCGAGAUGCCGUGUGACCAGUCUUUGUGGGAUGCUCUCACGGAAGAGCAGUGGCAUGAAGCGGCGACGCGAAAAGGGCAGACCUCCUCGCUCAACAUCAUAGAAGCUGUGUCGAUGGUCAUGAACGGAAAUUCAACCAAGACAGUGCCGCAAGAGUGCUGGGAGUGGUCACCAUUCGCAAUCAGCGUGGUGAUCAACGUUAUCUCAAUUCACAUCUGGCAUAUCACCCAAGGAUCGUACUUCUUCGGGGAUUUCUCCAGUCCGGGACAGUCGAACGAAACACAGAAGUCUCAGACUCUCGCCCAAACAGAGGCUGCCCUUUCUAGAUGCCGAGCCUUGAUUACCCAAGCCAGCUCGGAUGCGGACUAUCCCUGGACGGAAGCUGAAACACCUUUGCUGUUUAAUUGUCUGGCGCUGUUGCGGGCCAGUUAUUGUCGGGCAUUUACAGGACACAGCGCAGCCGAUUCCAUGAUGCUGCUCAAGGAAAGCCAGGAAGAAUUCAUGGCUUCAAUUGAGGACUUUGUCGCGCUGCCGCAGAAUCGAGGCAACCUCGUAGCAAGGGCAGUCGGCCGGGCAUUCGAAGGCAUGCUGAUACCGUACAAAGCAGGAACAAUGCUUAUCAAGAAGACGGCAGCAUUGACCUGGGCUAUCGGACACGCUUUGGCAGGUUGGGAGACAGCACUAUUGGUCACGAAAUGGGUGCAUGCCAUUGAGGUUGAAACCCGGUCAAGUCCUGAUUGUGGUUCGACCAGCGAGCUCGAGACCCAGACCAUGCAAGCCAUCAGAAACCUCCUGUCCGAAUUGGAGGACGGUUUCGAUAAUGAAUUUGGCCCUUCUCUGGCGGCGAAGCUUGCACGGUACUGGGCUGGUUUCUACGAUGAUACCUGGGUAUGGGGUUUGACACCGCGGAUGGGAUAUAUCCUGCGCGAGUUAGCCAACUGUUACGAGAGCAAGUUGGCGGCGUCUUGA